UUCACUGCAAAAAUACAAAGCUGGACCGAAAAGAACAAAAGGAUAAGAUAGAUUCUAUAAAAUCUAUGGUUCUUACUUCACAUGUACUCACUUGCAUUUCCUUUUGUUUCAUUGUUACAUUCUCUUUCUACUUCACCAAUUACAAACUGAGAAUGGAAUGGGUUUCUGGGAUAAUUCUCAUCAUUGUAACACUUGGUUUGAUAUGGGCAUGGAAGGUGUUGAGUUUGUUGUGGCUGAGGCCAAAGAAGCUAGAGAAGCUCUUAAGAGAACAAGGCUUUCAAGGAAAUUCAUAUAGGAUUUUGCUUGGGGACAUAAAAGAUCUUUUUAAGAUGGAAAAAGAAGCCAAAUCAAAAUCCAUGAAUCUCUCCGAUGAUAUAACACCACGUGUAAUUCCCUACAUCCAACAUAGUGUUAAAAUUCAUGGGAAGAAUUCUUAUAUUUGGUUUGGAAUAAAACCAAGGGUGACUUUGACAGAACCUGAGCAAAUAAAAGAUGUGUUGAACAAGAUGUCUGAAUUCCCAAAGCCUAAUUACAAGAUUUUCAAGUUACUAGCUAAUGCACUUGCUAAUUAUGAGGGAGAAAAGUGGAGCAAGCAUAGAAAGCUAAUCAACCCUGCUUUCCAUUUAGAAAAGUUGAAGAUUAUGACCCCGGCUUUCUUCACAAGUUGCAAUGAUUUGAUUAACAAAUGGGAGAAAAUGUUGUCUUCAGAUGGAUCAUGUGAAAUAGAUAUAUGGCCUUCCCUGCAAAAUUUGGCAAGUGAUGCUAUUUCUCGAACCGCAUUUGGAAGUAGCUAUGAAGAAGGAAAAAGAAUAUUUCAACUUCAAAGAGAGCAAGCUGAACUUAUAGUGAAAGUUGUAACGAAAUCUAUCAUCCCUUUAUGGAUGUUUUUGCCUACAAUUGUCCAUAGAAAGAUGAAUAAAAUCGACAAAGAAAUAACCUCUUCGCUUAAAGAUAUGAUUAACAAGAGGGAAAAAGCAUUAAAGGCAGGUGAGCCCACUAGGAAUGACUUAUUGAGCAUUCUUCUUGAGUCAAAUCGCAAGGAAAUUGACGAAAAUGAAAACAACAAGGAUGUGGGAAUGAGUCUUGAUGAUGUAGUCGAGGAAUGCAAGUUGUUCCACUUUGCAGGUCAAGAGACUACUUCGGUUUUGCUUGUUUGGACAAUGAUAUUAUUGAGUAGGUACCCUGAUUGGCAAACCCGUGCAAGGGAGGAAGUGUUACAUGUCUUUGGCAACAGAAAACCAGAUUUUGAUGGGCUAAAUAACCUAAAGAUCGUCACCAUGAUUUUGUAUGAGGUUCUUAGGUUAUACCCUCCCGUAAUUGGCCUUGCUCGAAAUGUUGAGAAAGAUGUGAAACUUGGAAAUCUAACACUACCUGCUGGAGUGGAGAUUUUCUUACCAAUUCUUUUGAUUCACCAUGACUGCGAACUAUGGGGUGAUGAUGCUAAAAUGUUCAAUCCUGAAAGAUUUUUUGGAGGAAUUUCCAAAGCAACAAAUGGAAGAGUUUCAUUUUUUCCAUUUGGAUGGGGUCCUCGAAUUUGCAUUGGACAAAACUUUUCUCUAAUGGAAGCAAAAAUGGCAAUGACAUUGAUUUUGCAACAUUUCUCAUUUGAACUUUCACCGACCUAUGCUCAUGCUCCAUCCUCGAUGAUUACUCUUCAGCCACAAUAUGGCGCUCAUAUUAUUAUACGCAAACUGGAAACAUAAAACCAUUAUUAUAGUACGCUCUCAAGGUGUGUAUUUUAUUGUAUACUAUUUUACUAUAUAUUAUUUGAAUAACAUUUGUAUUAUGAAGGUUUGCUCAUACUAAUGAAACCCUAGCGGCUUUGAUGCUCCUUGAACUAUU